AUGCAACCAGAGGGGGCGAAAUGCAGUAUGGAUGAAUCCAAUGCAGAGAGGGGCACCGCUGAGCCCUUUCUGCGGCUCCACAGCCUCUACAGCACCCCCCGCUGCGCGCGCCAGGGCCCCCUGCCCGGGCUGAGCCGCAGGGUCGCCAGCCAGCACUCGCACCCGCUGAACCGCUUCUCCUCCGGGCCCUUGGACCCCAUGGAGCGCCCCACCUCCCAGGCGGACCUCGAGCUGGACUACAACCCUCCCCGGGUGCAGCUCAGCGACGAGAUGUUUGUGUUCCAGGACGGGCGGUGGGUGAACGAGGACUGCCGCCUGCGGUCACCUUACUUCUCUCCCUCCACCUCGUUCCACCACAAGCAGCACCACAAGAGGAUGGCCAAGGAGUACCCGCUGCAGGAGGAGAACAGGUCCCUGCGGGAGGAGAACAAGGCCCUGCGCGAGGAGAACCGGGCCCUGCGCAAGGAGAACAAGAUCCUGCAGGUCUUCUGGGAGGAGCACAAGGCGACGCAGGGCCGCGAGGACAGCCGGCCCUCCUCGCCGCUGCUGCACCGCGACAGCACGUCCCUGGAGGUGCUGAAGAAGGACAACGUGGCCCUGCAGGUGCAGCGCGCCCAGGAGAACCGCGCCCUGCAGCAGCUGCUGGAGCAGCGGCAGCCCUACUGGGCCCAGGUGGAGGACAAGGUGGCCCCCGCGGAGGAAAGCCAGCCGGCCCCCUCGGCCCACGAGGAGCCGCACAGUUCUGGGCUGCUGCCCGACCAGGGCUCGGGCCUCUCCUCGCCCUUCGAGGAGCCCAAAGGGCCCCCGACCCCACAGGACGACUCCAAGACGCUGCGCGCCCUGCGGGAGAUGGUCGACGACCUGACGGUGGCGGCCGCGGAGGACGAGGGCCAG